AUGGGACCGGCGGCCGCUUCCAAUCUCAAGCCGCGAGCGUUCACGAGCAUCAAAGUCAGCAUGUCGCCGGAGCUCCGAGUAAUCAAAAGAUAUGAAGUCUCUCCGCCUCCUGGAACGGUGGACGACUCCACCUUGUCCCUCACCUACCUCGAUUUGCUUUGGCUGAAAAACGGAUCGGUCGAACGUGUCUUCUUUUACCCCCUCGCCGUCUCCGUCUCCCACUUCAUCGAUUCCGUCGUACCCACCCUCAAGUCCUCUCUCUCCGCCGCUCUCCGCCACUUCUACCCACUCGCCGGCAAGAUCCGCAGCUCCGCCGCCAGCUCCGACGGUUACGAAAUUCACUACGCUGACGGCGACUCUGUUCCCUUCACUGUCGCCGAGUACAGCGGCGACUUCGACGACCUCUCCAGUGACCAUCCCCGACUCUUCAACGACAUGCUUCCUUUGCUCCCCGAGCUCCCCGAAUCCAGCAUCGACAACAACGGCAUCCGGCUUCUGGCUCUGCAGGCGACGCUCUUCCCGGAGCGCGGGGUCGCGGUUGGAAUCAGCGUGCACCACGGCGCCUGCGACGGCUCGAGCUCGACACGGUUCUUGUCCGCGUGGGCUUCUGCCUGCGCAGGUGCCGGAGUUAUGGUCCCUCCGGUAAUCGACAGAAGUAUGAUUACCGAUCCCGACGAUCUCUACUCGGUCUUCUUAAAUGGGAUUGUGAGGAGGCAAUCGAACACAUCGAUGAUGCACCUGAAAGCGCCGCCGGACGCCGUCCUUCAAUCCUUCACCAUCGGAAAAUAUCACAUCCAGAAAUUGAAAGAGUUGGUGAUGCAAAGCGGCGACCUUUCUUUUCGCUGCUCCACGGUCGUCGCGGCCUUCGCCUACGUGUGGGUUUGCCAUUUCAAAGCACGACUUCCGGAGAUAAGUAGCAAGUGCAUCCUCAUGGCAAUGGCGGGCGACUGUAGACCAUGGCUGAAGCCGCCGGUCCCGGCGGCGUUCUUCGGGAACUGCAUCACAUUUGCCUUUACGGAGGCGAAGGCCUGCGAUCUCGAGAAGGAAAACGGGGUGGCGGCGGCCGCGAGAUUGAUCGGGAAAGCGGUCCAGGUGUUCAAAGAGAAUCCUUUAAAGGACGCCAAGCAUUGGCCGGGAGGCUUCAAGAUUGAAAAAGAGCCAGAUUUUUUAACCGUCGCCGGGUCGCCGACGUUCAAAGUGUACAAUUUGGAUUUCGGAUGGGGGAGGCCGAAGAAGGUGGAGAUAACGUCGAUCGGAAAGACCGGUGCCAUUUCUGUGGCGGAGAGCAGGCAGGAGGAAGGCGGCGUGGAGAUCGGGCUGGUGAGGCCCAAGGCGGAGAUGCAGCUAUUCGAGAAGCACUUCUACGACGGGCUCAAAAUGUUUGAGUGA